UAGACGCCCCUUGCAUAUAGAGAGCCACCAAAACUUGCUCUCUCUGGCUCUCCGUCUGGUUCGUCGGAAUUGAAUUGGAGAAGUACAAAGAAUCUGCAAGGCAAUACAAAAAUGGUGAAUGAGAAAUCGGUUAUGGCCGUCAUCAGGGCAACUAGGCCUACCUUUCGCAAUGACAACGACAAGGUCGCGUUUGCGGUUCACGCCAUAUUUCUCGCCUCCGGCUGCGUGCUCACUGCCACCGGACCUCCUGCUUUUACUGACGCCGCCUUUUCUUCUCCCUCAAAGGAUGAAAUUAGUAUCGAGGGCUGGAACGAAUUAGAGGAUGAGUACGCAUACGUUUACGCAAACCUUGAAAAGGAUUCUAACUGGAAGAAAGUGAUAGUGAAGUGCCUGGUGAUGAACGGGAAAUUGCUUAUUGAUGCCUUGACUGAUGAGAAUUCCGAGCCACUCCAUCUUGAAAUUGACGUUGAAGAAAUCGUCAAUCCGAAUGGGGGAAGUAACUAUUCAACGCAGUACAGAAAUUUGGAUACCCUGGUGAAACGCUUGGGCUUGGGAAUAUUGUCAAAAUUGGGUGGUUCUUCGAAAGCCACGACAAGUAAUCCAGCAAGGGCUGAGAGUGAGAGUAGUGAAAGAUCAUCUGUAGUUGUAAAUAAGCCUACUUCUGGAAUUCCUGAGCUUCCUGGUCCACUGCUCGAUCCUUCCGGAGUUGUAAUUCCUCCUAUUAAUCCCCUUGGUGGUGGCGAUCUUUUCCCUGGACCCGGUGCUGAAAUGUACCCUGCUGGAGGUGGUUUCAGCGGCGAUGGAAGCAUGCUUUUAGGACCGAAUGACCCGCGAUGGUUAGGAAUUGGUAUAGGACCUGGAUUUGAAGGCGGGCAGCCGGGUGUUCCUCCAGGUGCUCGUUUUGAUCCAUAUGGUCCACCUGGUGUUCCUGGUUUUGAACCCUUUCGGUUUGUUAGGAAUCCUGGGAGACCUGGAGGGGGAACUCAUCCGGACCUGGAGCAUUUUGGAGACGGUUCAGAUUUCAUAUAGUCCGCCAUAGUUAUAAAGCUCUGAAAGUUGUUCAAAGUUCCUUUUUUCGUAUGUUUUAGGUGGCCAGUAAUGACUGUAUGUACGGUGAAUAUAGGAAUGGUGUUUACUGAAUUUUACGUGUCAAAAAACAUUUUAACUUCAAACUUUUACACCCAUAUAAAUAAUAAUGUA